AUGAAGAAAGGAGUGCUUGGCGAAAAAGCCAAUUCACGAACUUUCACUGGAUGCUGGGCAUGUCGAUUCAAAAAACGACGUUGUGACGAACGGAAGCCACAUUGCUCACUAUGUCUACUCCACGGCGAUAAAUGCUGUUAUGACGUUAGACUGGUUUGGCAAAAUGAGAACAUCUUCUCAGUGAACGAAGCAAAAGAGCUCAUCACUUGGAAAAAACUCAAGAAACUAUGCAGAACAAGCAACAAAAGUAGAAUGUCCAAACAGGAAUUUUGUCGAAGGACACAUUUCCGCGAACUUUCACCGCCAAAUUCGGACGACGAAGGUACCGGCAGGGACGAUGAUAAGAUCUACGACUCUGAAUUACAGAACUGGGACAACAACAACAACAACAACAAUAAUAAUAUUAAUAAUGAUAAUAGUGACAGUGGAGAAGACGAGAAGACCACUUCCUUCACUAUCAGUGUACGAAGGCUUAAAUUGUAUGAAAAUGCACUCGAUUGUGUUCACGGCAAGAAAACCAAAGAUUACAGCCAAAAAUUCGUCAAUCAGCAGCUCUCAGAACUUCUGACCGCGUUGGAAGAGCAAAGUCGGAAUGGUGAAUACAGUGGUAGCGGUCCCUUCCACGUUUUUAAACAAGAGUCUCCAGAGCAGUCAAGAUCGCUCAAACAAGCAUCUACAUCUUUUCAUUCUUCCAGUUCAAAAUCCGACAAUGCAAGCAGUGUUUCGGCAACUUUGCCCGAUACUCCAAUAUCACAGGCCUCGUCUUCUGCUCGUUCGUCAACGACUGACGGGACCACUAAAUUUUUAGCAUGCCAGUGGCCUCUUCUAUUACAGUCAAACCAGUCGAAUUUUUGUUUGCAACAGCCCGCAUACGUGGAUUGGCUGACAGCCCGUGUUGAAAAUGUCAUCAAUUUAGCAGAUCCAGAAUUCCUAGAAGAAGUGAUGCAGCAGAGGUUACAGCCUUCGAAAUGGCUUCCUUUGAUACCACAGUUUUCGAUGGAAAUCCAAACAUUGUAUUUGGUACUAAUAAUUCUUGCAGAUGACUCAAACCAGUACGUGGAUUACCUGUCGCGCUGGAUACAGUCGCAAACCAAAGUUUCCUACCUUUCCUUCCCGCUGGUGGCCUAUACAUUGAGCCACAACACCAACAUCACUUUUCUCAUCCAUUGUCAUGAACUCCUGUCCGAGGCUGGCCUACAGGACCUUUUCCAGUAUGAUCUAACGGCGAUGCUAAAAAUCAACACAGUCCGUCUAAUUCUGCAACACUGGAGCAAUGUGAUGAUGGACCAAAUCUGUGAAUGUACAGACACAACUCACGCAGAAAUGCAGCUGAAAUUCUGGGAAUUGCAGUUGCAGUGCAAUGAGGAGUUUUAUAGAGACAUAUGUUUGGUCUAA